CUAUGGGAGGAAUUCGAAAAGGGGGAUGUGCGCGUGGGUACUGGAGGGCGCUGAUCAGAACAACGAAACUACGGUACGAUACGAGAGGCAUCUCGAAAACAAGUUCUCUCCCAUUCGUUAAGGUACUUGUUGUCGACAAAGCACGAAGGCCGGCGACCCAUAAUGCAGAGCGACAAGACAAUCCAAUUCUGGGACGACUAUCACACUGAAAAUAAUUCGUUGGAAUGGAUUUCCAAGCCAGGGAAGGAGCUGCUAGCAAUGAUUUCGGACCAACUCGAAAUCGAAAAAAACGAGGACGACAACGGCUGCGGCGAUAACGACGACGCCAGGGGCCGGAACAAAGUUGUUUCCAUGUUGGAGAUUGGUUGCGGGACAUCAACUCUAGUUCGAGACGUGAAAAGCUACGUCGAAGAGAGACAUUCGGGGAUUUCUGUCGUGGCAUGUGGAUCCGAUGUGUCUCGGGUUUGCAUCGACACCAAUCGAAAGCGAGACUGUGAAAGUGUCGAUGGCGACUACAGCAACAAAACCCCUGGAAAAGGCGAAUCCUCUAUUUGGUACGAAGUACUGAAUAUUUUGGAGGGCGAACCCUCCCGCAGAAACUGGGACGUGAUCAUCGACAAAGGUUGCCUCGACACCUUUCUCUUUCGCAGUCGACAGCGUGGCGCUCAGAACAGGGUCUACCCGGAGUCCCUGCGCCUCGUCCUAGACAAGAUUCAUGGAUGGCUGGCAGCGACGACUCCAGUCGGAGGUAGUUGUGGUGGUGGACUGGAUAGCAAUAGAACGAACAGUAGCGGCACCGGCGGCAAGAGCCGGUUUAUUUUCAUCACACCGCGAUCGAAGAUCAAGGCCGUGAGGGACUAUUCGGGAUUUUCGUCGGUGAGGAGGCUCCCCCUGCCACCAAUGUACCGGGCCACGCUAGAAAGCAAGCAGUGCUGCCGAAUAAACGAUAACACUGAGGCCGGUGCCGCUUUUCGCAACGAUAUCAAUAGUAGCAAAACAAUACCGGGGAAGGAAUCCGUUCUUUCUCCGGGAUAUAUGUUUGUCUGUACCAGGAAUGAUGCCUAUCAACCUGGGGUCUCUCAGGUUUUCGUUUCCAACGGGAGCACCAGGGGCUCUGUACCAACCGACGACAACCGAUGUCCGUGCUGUCUUCUGACCUUUCGUGAUUUUCGAAAGGCCGAAAACGUAGAGUUUCGCGGGGAGGCGUAUUGGACGAGACGGUGGAAAGCCCAUGGUUUGCAUUGCAGAGGCACAACCGCCAUGCAUGCAUGAAAAGGUGGUAGUCAUGCUGCCUCUUUCAACAGAUUGAGCGUAUAGACACGAAAGUAACGAAGCGAUUCGCGUCUGCUCCCGCUUGAUAUAAUUCUUGAAACUCAAUAUAACGGAUCGGAAUUG